AUGGAUUUUGUUUUUAUCUUAAUUCUUGCAGCCAUUAGUUUUUUAAUUGGUUUUAUUUAUUAUUCUUUAAUAAAAUUAGAACAAUUAAAAAAACAACAAAAAGAUAAAAAAGAAUUAGAAAAAGAUCAAUUAUUAAUGAUUUCCAAUUUAAAACAUCAAAUUAUGAAAUUUAGAGAUGACCAAUCAGAUGAAAUUUAUCUAUUACGUAGUUUAAUAAACCAACAAAAACAAUCACUUCAAUCCCAUGGUGUUAAUCAAGGUAAAUUGGUCAAAGAAAAAGACUCACUCAAUAUUAAAUUGGAACAUCAAAUUAGAAAUUCAAAUAAAAUCCAAGAGCAAAUAUUAGAGAAGAAUAAAAUUAUCCAAUUUCUUGAAAAAAAGAUUGAAACAGAACAACAAGUUUUAAUCCAGCUUUCAAUUGAACAUAAUGAAGCAUUGGAGAAAUUGAAUUUAAAAGAAGGUGAAUUAGAAAAAAACAAUAUAAACAAUGGAGAACAAGAUCCAUUCGAUAGAGAACCAUUAGAUAUGGAUCAAAAAAGCGAAAUUUCAAGUAUUGGAGAGUUUAGCGAAAUUUCCAAUUUUAAAGAUGAUUACGAACAUUUAGAUAUUGAAGAGAAUAAAGAAUGUACAAUUUGCUAUUCCAAAAUGAAGACCAUGAAUGUCUCCUAUAUAGGUUGUGAUCAUAAAUUCUGUUUCGAUUGCAUACUAACAUGGUCCCAAUAUUGCAACACUUGCCCAGAAUGCAAGGAUAGAUUUAUUACAAUCACUGUAAGUUAUUAA